AUGAACCAGAAAUAUGAGGUGCAAGUGGUUCUGUUGGCCUUUCGUCCGCUGGCUCAGGCUGACAACACCUCAGAAUCAGUCGCUUUGACCAUUGACCAGGUCUUAUCAGAUUUCGACCUCCCACAGGACAAAGUGACGAGGAUUGUUUGUUCGGGGUUAAAACAGCUCCUAGAUGAUGACGACGGUUGUGUUGUUGACAAGCAGAUGGAGCCAUUCAGCCAGCGAAUAAUGUCUUGUUUUACGCGUUUUCUUGAAUCAAAUCCUACCAUCGAUGAGCUGCGGAAAAGCGUGUAUCAGAUGAUUUUUGCAUUCGUUACAAGACCAGAAGCGCUGCAAGCUUUGAACAAGGCCGCUGGUUAG